CAGCCUCUGGGAGAAUCCAAAGUAACUACGAAACACAAAAACUAAGGCCUCUGAGAGAAAGUUAGAAAAUUUCUGUCAAGCGUCAUAGUUUUCCAACAGGAAAAGAAAGAUGUCAAGGUUGAUUCAAGAGAAGAAGCUAGGAAGUGGACGUAUUGUGGCAGUGGCAAUUGAAAACAACAAAACAAGCCAAUAUGCAGCCAAAUGGGCAGUGGAUAAUCUUCUUCCCAAAGACCAAAGUCUCUUAUUGCUCCAUGUUAGACAAAAAGCAGCUUCCAUUCCUACGCCAACUGGAAACUAUAUAUCUCUUGAUGGAAACGAUGAUGUGGCUAGAGCAUACAUGCAACAAAUGGACAAUGAAUCUAAGGAGCUUUUCGCUUCAUUUCGUCUCUUCUGCAAUAGAAAGAGUAUACAAUGCAAAGAAAUCUUAUUGGAGGACGCGGAUAUAACUAAGGGAUUAAUAGAAGGAAUUUCCAUGUAUUCCAUUGAGCUUCUGGUUCUCGGGGCACCUUCAAGGAGCGGUCUUGUCAGGAGAUUUAGGACAUCUGAUAUUCCAAGUGCCGUGUCCAAAGGGGCGCCACCAUUCUGCACUGUGUACAUUAUUUCCAAAGGAAAAAUCUCAUCAGUGAAAACUGCUAGUGCUCCACUAGCUGCUAAACCUACAACCCGUUACAAUCCAUUGCAGCCACAGCAGACUCUCCAAAAUCCUGAGAAAAUGGAUACACAAGUAAUACGCAACCCCGUCCCACCACGAUCAUCAAAUGAGAAGCCAUCAUACAUUGCUCCCCAGACACCGGAUGAAAUGGAAAUCAUAUCACCAUUCACAAGACCUAAUAGAGGAAAUUACAGAUCAUACGAGUCCUCAGUCACCGACUCUGAUAUUUCAUUCGUGAGCAGUGGAAGGCCAAGUAUUGAUAGAAUAUUCCCUUCAAUGUAUGAUGACCUUGACUCUGGAAUCAAACCUCGGCUUUCAGCAGGCUCAGAGUUUGAUGUCAGAAGCUUUGGCUCUUCAUUCUCAGGAGCCAAGUCAAUUGAUCAGGGUGACUACUCAUUCAGUUCACAAGACAGUGGGUCAUCGAUGUCAUCGUCCAUGCUUUCAGUUUCGGAUGAAGUGGAAGUUGAAAUGAGGAGACUGAAGCUAGAACUGAAGCAUACAAUGGAAAUGUACAGUACAGCAUGCAAGGAAGUUAUGACAGCAAGGCAAAUGACACUAGAACUUCAGCGUUGGAAAGUGGAAGAACAAAGGAAAUUGGAAGAGGCACGAUUUGCUGAAGAAACAGCAUUGGCAUUAGCUGAGAAGGAGAAAGCAAAAUGUAUAGCGUCCAUGGAGGCAGCAGAAACAUCUCAAAAAAUUGCAGAGUUGGAAGCACAAAAGAGAAUGAAUGCAGAAUCUGAGCAGAAGAGGAAGACUGUGGAUAUCCUUUCACAUAGUCCUGCCAGGUACAGAAAAUACACUAUAGAGGAGAUAGAAGAAGCAACAAAAUUCUUUUCCAACUCUCUCAAGAUCGGUGAAGGUGGUUAUGGACCAGUCUACAGGUCUGAACUAGAUCACACGCCAGUUGCAAUAAAAGUGUUAAAACCAGAUGCAGCUCAGGGACGGUCACAGUUUCAUCAAGAGGUUGAAGUGCUAAGUUGCAUAAGGCAUCCAAACAUGGUUCUCCUCCUUGGAGCGUGCCCAGAGUUUGGCUGCUUAGUGUAUGAGUACAUGGCUAAUGGAAGUUUGGAUGAUUGCCUCUUCCGGAGAGGCAACAAAGGAGCUCUUCCCUGGCAGCUAAGAUUCCGAAUUGCUGCAGAGAUUGCCACUGGGCUACUUUUCCUGCACCAGACGAAGCCAGAACCACUGGUGCACCGUGACUUGAAACCUGGAAACAUUUUGCUUGACCGUAACUUUGUGAGCAAGAUCAGUGAUGUGGGAUUGGCCAGGCUUGUCCCUCCUUCAGUUGCAGAUACUGUGACACAGUAUCGCAUGACAUCAACUGCUGGAACUUUCUGUUACAUUGACCCUGAGUACCAGCAAACGGGUAUGCUGGGAAUCAAAUCUGAUAUUUACUCACUGGGGAUCAUGCUUCUACAGAUUAUAACAGCGAAGCCGCCAAUGGGUUUGACUCACCAUGUUGGAAGAUCUAUUGAGAAAGGGACUUUCGCCGAGAUGCUCGACCCAGCCGUUGUGGAUUGGCCGGUUGAACAUGCCUUGCAUUUUGCUAGGCUUGCAUUGGGGUGUGCAGAAAUGAGAAGAAAAGAUAGACCUGAUCUUGGAAAAGUUGUAUUACCUGAGCUCAAUAAACUCAGAGAUUUUGCUGAAGACAACAUGCCCAUGAUGAUGAUGUUCGGUGUCCCCACAGGAUUCACUCCCAGAAGCAACUACAAUUACUCACACUCUUCCAUUUCCUCGGCUCAAGAUUCCAUGAGUGAUUUCCAAUCGCUGUCAGGAAUAUCCAGCCGCUCAAGCUCAAGCUCAUCGUGUGCAUAACAAGUGGAUGACGAGGCAGUUGGUUUAAAAACAGCAUGAUAACAUAAUAACAGGCACUUCUAAGCCUAGUUUAGUUCGUUUAGAGAAAACUCAUGUAUCCAGCCAAAAACUGCAAUUUUUCAAGUGUAUAUCAAGUGAUUUUUGUCAAUGAGUAGCUUACAGCUUGAUUCAACUGAAUGCAAAAGUACAUUUCUCUUAGUUUUAA